AACUUGAAAUUGCGUUGCCGUCGAAGAAAUUCAGGAUCUAAUUCCCACCUACUCCCUGCAUCAUCAAUCUAACAGAACACCUCGGAAAAACCAACGCACAGCAAGAGCCUCUAUCUUCAACGACCAUGAACUCCACACUCGGCGCCUCCGUCUCCGCCUCCUCGCCGUCUCUCUUACGUUUGAAGACCCCCUCACUGAACCCACUCUCUGUUACCCGUUUUGUUAACUCCAAACCUAGAAGUAAUAGCUCUGUUUCCGCUUUGCUUACAAGCAGAGCUUCAUCAGAUGGUGCCGACAAGAAACACCCCAUUAUUCAGAAUCUUAAAUCUCUCACCAAGACCGCAAUCCUCAUCGGUGCUGCAGCAACGAUGGCGGGGAAAUUUUCUGUCUUGCCGGCUCGAGCAGAGUCUCCUGGUACACUCACUGAGGAGCAAAUUCCUGUGGUCGAUGAGGAAAGGGAUGAAAAAGUUGAAAUCCGGGAAGGGGAUGUGGUAGAGUCAUCGCCCUUGUCAGAGUUUCUUGAAGGUAACACUGAGGCCCUUGAAGCUCUGAAAUCGCUUCUCCAGCAGAAGAUUGAGAACCACGAGGAUGAGGAGGCUCUCAAGAUCUUGAAACGCUUAGCCUCAGCCCAACCGGCUGUUUUCGAAUGGAAAUUCUUGAUGGCGAGAUUGUUGAACGAGAUCGGUCAAACUGGGGAUGCACGCAAAGUGUUCGAGGAAAUUCUCGCGGCCAAUCCGCUGUCCUUUGAGGCCUUAUUCGAGAACGCGUUGUUGAUGGACCGUUGUGGAGAAGGUGAGGCAGUGAUGAGUAGGUUGCAGGGGGCUUUGGACAUCGCCAAGGAGGACAACAAGGAGAAAGAGGCGAGGGAUGUGAGGUUGAUAAUGGCACAGAUGCAGUUCUUGCAGAAGAAUGUGGAUGGUGCCUUGAAAAGUUAUCAAGAGUUGGCUAAAGAGGAUCCCACUGAUUUCAGGCCCUACUUUUGUCAGGGAAUGAUAUACAGCUUGCUUGAUAGGAACGUGGAGGCAAGAGAGCAGUUUGCAAAGUACCGUGAGCUUUCGCCCAGAAACUUUGAGGUGGAGGGCUAUUUGAGGACACCAUUGUCGAAAAUGAAAGUGUUUGGGACGAAUGAGGAGAAUUGAGUUUUGGGGUUUUGGAGUUCUGAGUAAUAAUUAUUGGAGACAUGGAGUGUUCUUCAAACAGUGGACGAUGCAUGAGACUUCGGGUAACGGCUCUUUAUAUUUUCAUCUAUACUUGUGCCAUUUUUGUACUGUUAUGGUGUUGAAUCAUUGUUCAGGUAGAGGAUAGCUAGAGAAAUAAAGGGAUAAAACUAAGUUUCAUAAAAUGUAGUAGGAAACUGUGGUAAAAUAAAAUGCAGUGCUUUGGUGAUCCGAGGAGUUGAUCUCAACUGAAGUUAAGUUGUUGAAUAAUCUAUUUGUAUUCAAAUAUAUUUAGAAAGAGUUGAUUAGUAAUCUGGUCUCCUAAAA